UAAAUUGCAAGGGCCAGUCACCGGAAGUUCAGCUCUGUGAAAGCUGCAAAAAUAAAAGGUACAUGUAAACAUUUUUUUUUUUGCUCUGAUGGACGUGUUGGACAGUGUAUAACUACUGUCUAAUGUUACUUUCAAUAUGCAGCACGCGUUGGCUUUUGCUCUACAGAGCAAUGCUCUCUUGCUUCCAAUCUGAGCAAUGUAUUUCACAAGACUGAGUGAAUGAAAAUGCAAGGCUGAAAAUAAACACAAUGUUGUGGUGUUUUGUUGUUGAUUUUUUUUUUUGCAAGAAUAACGGAUAAUAGAAGCGCGUGAGGACUGCCAGUAUUUUAAAAACGAUGUACGGCGUGGUCAACCGAUUUCAGUUUUUACAUGGAUUUAAUUUCAUAAUGAAGAAGAAUAAAAAGACGUAUGCAAUGUUCAUUUGGGGUUUUGUGAGAGGAAGAUAAGGGGCCGGUUCUUUUUGUGAGCUGUAAUUGUAACAAUGCGUUGGACUCCGGUUUGUAAUGGAACAGACUCUAUAAAUGUUUAGACAGCCCCAACAACGACAAACGAUGUUACACGGACUGGAUAUACAUUUGUUUUAUAUUAAUACAUGAUUGGAAUAAAACGGCGUGCUUGUUAUAACUGGGAUGAUAGAGGCUGUGCGAUUGAUAAUUGUUUGGCUGCAUAGAUGGCGAACGCAAGUGAGGUUGAAGAAAGCAACACUUCGCUUCAAAAUUAUGCCUUUACAUCUGCUGUGAAGCUGGCAUCCCUCGGGCUGAUUAUCUGUAUUAGUCUGACAGGGAAUCUGAUUCUUUGUUUCCUCGUAUUAAGAGACCGAAGCUUGCAUCGGGCUCCUUACUACUUUCUCCUGGAUCUCUGUCUGGCUGAUAUAAUAAGAUCUUUUGUAUGCUUUCCUUUUGUGAUGAUAUCUAUCAACAGCGGUUCAAGCUGGAGCUAUAGCAUUAUUAGCUGCAAGAUCAUAGCAUUUGUGGCUGUUCUUUUCUGUUUCCAUGCUGCAUUUAUGCACUUUUGCAUCAGUGUAACCAGAUACAUGGCUAUUGCACACCAUAGGUUUUAUUCCAAAAGGAUGACUCUCUGGACUUGUGUGGCAGUCAUCUGUAUGGUUUGGACCCUCUCCGUAGCAAUGGCAUUCCCUCCUGUGUUUGAUGUGGGCACUUACAAAUUUAUCCGGGAGGAAGAGCAGUGCAUUUUCGAGCAUCGCUAUGUUAAAGCCAAUGACACCCUGGGGUUCAUGCUGAUGUUGGCAGUCAUAAUAGGUACCACACACGUGGUCUAUCUUAAAAUGCUCUUCUUUGUUUAUGACCAUCGUAAAAUGAAACCUGCUCAGUUAAUUCCUGCAAUAAGCCAAAACUGGACCUUCCACGGACCGGGGGCCACUGGGCAAGCAGCUGCCAACUGGAUAGCGGGUUUUGGACGAGGUCCGACACCGCCAACACUGGUGGGCAUCAGGCAGGCUACCCACAAUCAAAACAAGAGGCUUUUGGUCCUGGAGGAAUUCAAGAUGGAAAAAAGGAUCGGCAGGAUGUUUUAUAUGAUUACCCUUAUUUUCCUACUGCUUUGGUCUCCAUAUAUCAUAGCCUGCUACCUUAGAGUGUUUGUGAAAACGAAUAGCAUACCACAGGUCUAUCUCACGGCUGCUGUUUGGAUGACAUUCGCACAGGCAGGUGUUAAUCCCAUUCUGUGUUUUAUACUUAACAAAGAGUUAAGAAUUUGUUUCAGAACCCAUUUCCCCUGCUGUCUGAGCACACAAACAACAAUGGAGCCAUACUAUGUUAUAUAAUGACCACUGGGAUGCAAAAAUGUCACAUUAGAAAACCUAGUUUAUUUAACUUUCAUGGUUUUCUAAAUGAAAGGGUUUAUGGUUGUUUUCAUUAUAUUACUACAGAUAUAUAGAUA